AUUUCUAUACUUGAUUCAUGAUUAGAUUAAUCUAUGACAUAGUGUGUGUAUGUUAACGCAUCGUGAAAAUUGGAGGUUAUGGAUGGAAAAAUGGAAUAUGUUGUGCAAUUUUGUACAUUAUUUUAUUACUUUAUCGAAUAAUUUUUAAUGAAAGUGAAAAAAUAAUUAGUAGUUUAUAAUUAACAGUAUGGAUCCUACAGAAGACUGGAGUGGUAAUUGCCAAAUACUAGAAAAUGAAACUCAAAAAAACGAAAAUAAAGAAAUUAAUCAAGUCAUACCUGGAUAUGCAAGUUUUCAUGAUUACGUUCAAGAAGCAUUCCAUGUUAUGAAACUUGGGAUCAAAAAUGCUAAUAAUUUACCGACGGGAUCUAAUUUCAAUUAUUACUCGUGUUUUCCCAGUUUUCGCAAAAAUAAAGAUAAUAAUAUAAAAUUAUUAUUAAACGUUGUGCAACAUGUAUUGGGAAUUACUGGUGUAAAAAAUAAUAUUUCAAAUCGCGACAUUGAAGAAAAAUUUGAUCUUUUAUUAGAAGCAAAUGAUGUACUACUGGAUCGAGCUAAUGCUUUAAUGGACAAAGAAUGUGGUAUUACCAAAAAUUCAGAAGUAGAAGUUGUGGUUUCACAUUUAAAGAGUCAACCGAUCAAUGGUGGAUGGAACAAUCAAAUUUGUCAACCAUUGCAAAUUUCAGAGAAUGCUCAAUCUAUACGCUUAUUGGCUGGUAAAAACAUUCAAAGACCACAGCUAAUGUUCAAAGAUAAAAUUGACAAUAGUUCAAAACCUUGGUGUCCAAGGAUUAAAGAUAAACCUAAUUCUUUGAAACCAUUAGCUAUUUAUUUGGAAGAAAGUGAAAAUGGUGAAGUGUUUAAUCAUCCUUAUGAAUAUGAACUGAAUAUGUUUGUUCCUCCCAAUGAUCAAUUGAAAAAAUCUGAACCAACAAAAUACAAAAACUUGGAAGAUACAUUAUUAGUAAUGAUUAAAGAUCCAUCGGAUAUUAAGUUAUUGAUAAAUGAUUUAAAACAAUAUAAAGAAAUCGCUGUAGAUUUAGAACAUCAUUCUUAUAGAAGUUUUCAAGGGAUAACUUGUUUGAUGCAAAUUUCGACAAAAGAUAAAGAUUACUUGAUAGAUACUUUGUCAUUGAGAUCUGAAUUACAUGAGUUAAAUGAAAUUUUUACAAAACCAACAAUAUUAAAAGUUUUUCAUGGAGCAGAUUUAGACAUACAAUGGCUUCAAAGAGAUUUAUCUUUAUAUGUAGUGAAUAUGUUUGAUACACAUCAAGCGGCGAAACAACUUAAUUUACCAUAUUUAAGUUUAGCAUAUUUAUUGAAACAUUAUUGUAAUGUAGAUCCUGAUAAACAUUUUCAAAUGGCUGAUUGGCGCAUAAGACCUUUACCAGAAAAACUUAUUAAAUAUGCUAGAGAAGAUACACAUUAUUUAUUGUAUAUAAAGGAUAUGUUAAAAAAUGCUUUAAUUGAUGUAGCUAAUGGACAAAUUAAUAUUUUGAAAGUUGUAUAUGAUAGAAGUACGGAGAUUUGUAAAAAGACAUAUGUUAAACCAAUUUGGACAGAAGAAAAUUGUAUGACAAUGUACAGAAAAAGUCAGAAAAUGUUUAAUAAUAAACAACUUUAUGCUUUAAGAGAAUUGCAUAAAUGGAGAGACGAUACAGCUAGAGUAGAAGAUGAUAGUAUUGCUUAUGUAUUACCAAAUCAUAUGUUGUUAAACAUAGCUGAAACAUUACCUCGUGAAAUGCAAGGAAUUUUAGCAUGCUGUGAUUCUAUUCCUCCUUUGGUUAGACAGAAUUUAUUAAAACUGCACAAAAUAAUAUUGAAGGCUAGAGAACAGCCACUUAUUAAACCAAUUCUUGAAGAAGAUAUUAGACAAAGAUUAACACAAAGGAAUCAUCAUACUAAUUUAGAUGUAUGGAUGUAUUCCCCUCAUGAUAUUCCUAGUGAUAUGGAAGCAAGAGCAGAUUUACCAUGUUUGUUAGAUAAAAAUAAUAUAUUAGAAACACCAAUUUCAAAUAUUGCAACAAAACAUACAGUGACUGUAUUUGACAGUCCAGCAACAUCCGAGGAUGAAGAAGUUGGAAAAACUGAGCAGGAAAGCAUUAAAAAGAAAAAAUUUGUUUUUGUAAGUCCAUUUGAACGAUAUAAACGAGUUAUACCUAUGAUAGCAGAGCAAGAAGCACAAGAGAGAGAGAAACAAAAACAAGAAGAAGAAAAUCGUUUGAAUAAACUGAAAAAGGAAGAAACAGAAAUUGCAGAAAGCAAAAACAGAGUUUAUGAACACUUUAAACAAGUUUCCCAAAUAAUAACAGGAAAAAAUGAAUCAGAAUUAUCAAGAAAACCAUCUCAAACUCCAUUAAGUCAAAUGCCAGGACGUAAAAGAAAAAGAGAUUCAAAUAUUAAUAAACAAGAUGAAGUACAGGAAGAAAAAACUAAUGAUAAUUUAUCAACUCCAGUUCCGAUAUUAGAGACCAGAAUUAUUCAAGAUCUGAAAAAAGAUAUAAGUGAAGUUGAACAUUUGAAAGAAGAACAAAAUGCACAAGAAAGUAUAACAAAAAAACAGAAACAAAUUCCAAAUAAUGAAACCAUGAAUUUGUUGCGAUCAAGAAAAAAAGGAGAAAGAGAACGUAUAAUUAAAGAUUUGGAAAAAAAAGGCAUGAUGCCAUCAAAAAAAUUCGAUUAUAAAAUCGUAGAUUUUAGUGCUUUUCAAGGAGGUAGUCAAAACGUACCCAAUCAAGUACAAUUUGAACAAACAAUGGUAAGAAUAUCAUUUAUUUAUAUAUCAUUUCAUUAUCAUUUAAUGAAUUUAUAAUUCAAAUAUCAAUCUUUAUUUUUGUA